UAUAAAAAUUACAUUUUAUGAAAGUACGUCAAUAUAUAACCUAAGUGGGGUGCCUAAAUAUAUCUAAUCAAAAAAAUGAAACCCUAAAUAUAACUUAAGGGCCUUUUCUCCCAGCUUAUUUUCAGUUCAGUUCAGUGGGGUGCCUCCCUCACUCCUAUUUCUCCCUCUCAAAUCUCGCUCCCAGCUAGUCGAUCUCCCUCUUCCCUCUCUCUUAUUUCUCCCUCACAUCUCACUCCCAGUAAUUAAAUACUCGCUCCGUCCCAAAAUAUAGUUCCUAUUUUCAUAUUUAGUUCCACAUUUUUCCGUAAUUUGUCUAUGUUACAAUUAAUGCUCUUUCACCAAUUAUUCUCCACUCUCUCCCCAAAAAUCAUCUUUUCCCAUACAACAUUUAUUUAAAUAAACAAAAAAUCUUUAUUAUCCCUCUUAUAUUUUACUUGCAUAAAUUACUGUGAAAAAAGGAAAAUGGGAACUAUAUCUUAGGACGAACGGAGUACUACUUAGUGUGAUAAGGUUUAAACCAAUUUUUUCGUAGAUUGCUACAUCUAUUUAUUGGACAGACUAAUUAUUAAAAAUACACGAUUAAAAAAAAAAGUAAUUCUGUUGAGUUGGACUCCAUUGAUUGUUAAUAUUUAUCUUUAGUAGAUAGAUAACCCGGACAAAGUUUUAUCCAAUUUCUCCUUAGCAAAAUAAAUCGUAAAACGAUUCAGUCCUCUUCUAAGAGGUGGAAUCCUGUCUUUACAUAUUUACUUAAUCACACUUUAACCGCCGCAAAACUGGCGGGAAGUUUUCCAACUAAAAAUAACUGUCAUACGUUAGUGUUUUGCAAAACAAACAAAAACAAAUUUUACAUAAAUAAUAUCCAAAACAUAUAAAGUCCUAACAUAAACUGAUCCAAAAAAAAAAUUAUAGCACAAAUAGUAGAAGAAUGGAAGAAGAAGCAGGGGCAACGAAAACGACGCCGUACCAUCAUAACCAAGCAAGGAGAAGGCAGGGUAUAGGGACCAGGGUUUGGCUAGUGGUCACAGAUACAGGGGAUUGUCACCUCAAUGAGGUUCCAAAACAUCAAAUCAUGCGUCGGACCGGGCUCCCGGCACGUGAUCUCCGAGCAUUAGACCCCGUGUUGUCGUAUCCGUCGUCGAUUUUCGGUAGAGAGCGAGCCAUUGUCGUCAAUCUUGAGCACAUCAAGGCCAUCAUCACCGCCACGGAGGUGCUUAUGGUUAACUCGUCUAAUCCUUUGAUUGUUGAGUUUGUUCUUGAUCUUAGAGACCGGAUUUCUGGUGCCUCUCAACGGGCCAAGGAGAGUAGUGAUCCAUACAUGGAAACUGGGGGAAGUAAUACUACUUGGAGCACACCUACAUCGCACCACACCGAUGCUUCUACACAACCUUUGAUUAACUAUAAGAAAUCCAGGGGACUAGGAAAAGCAAUGGAUGCACUAAGUGCAGCAAUUAAAGGAAGCAUAGGUAAAAAUACAGUUGAUGAAUCUUUAAGUUCAUCUGUUGAUACUAAAUCAAUGCCAUUCGAGUUCAGGGCUCUUGAAGCUUGUCUAGAAUCCGCUUGCAGGUGCCUUGAAUCUGAGACUCGAACAUUGGAGCAGGAGGCUUAUCCUGCACUUGAUGAACUAACUUCUCAGAUUAGUACACUCAAUCUUGAGCGUGUUAGGCAAAUCAAGAGCCGUUUGGUUGCAAUGUCUGGUCGCGUACAAAAGGUUAGAGAUGAGCUCGAGCAUUUGCUGGAUGACGACAAUGACAUGGAUGAGAUGUAUCUGACAGAAAAGCUUAGGCUAACUAUGGAACAGGUUUCCAUGAGAACAGAACCAGAUCAAAGUGCGCGAAUGUAUCAGGUUGAGGAUGAUGAAAUGGAUGAUGAUGAAGAUUCAAAAUCUCAUAGAGGUUCUGAAGCAUUCACGUUUUUUAAGCCAAAUGUUGAAGAGCUGGAAAUGCUCUUGGAAGCAUACUUUGCACAAGUAGAUGGAAUUUUACAGAAAUUAUCCACUAUGAGCGAGUACGUAAGAGAUACAGAGGACUACAUCAACAUAAUGCUAGACAAAAAACAAAACAAGUUGCUGCAAAUGGGAGUAAUGUUAAGUACAGCAAACAUGAUAAUCAACGCUGGAAUUGUUGUUGUUGGGAUUUUCGGAAUGAACAUUCAUAUCUCUCUCUUUGAUGGUGAAAACAGACAGUUCUGGGAAACUGCCUUAGGUACUACAGGAAGUUGUAUCAUCUUGUAUUUACUUGUUUUAAGUUGGGGCAGGAAGAAGUAUCUCUUGUCCUUGUGACUUGUGAACUUGUGAGUUUCAUUUCCUCUCUAGACACUACUUAGAUAUAUGUAAUUUUUGGUAACAAAGCAAUUGAGA